AGUCACCUGACCAGCACUCUAGAGGUGCAAUGGCGGCGCCCGUUCUGCGCUUGGGCUGUCCUGGGACACGUUGGGCUUUAGCGUGGGUUGGCAGCGGGUUUCACCAUCGAAGAGGGGCAUCGAUUGGGUCCACGUCCAAUCCGACAAGGGAACAGAGUGCAGUGACUCAGAAGCCCCUCCACACGGCCCAGAAGCCGAGGAAAGGUGAACACAAAUGGGAAGCUGUGGUAGGAUUGGAAAUUCAUGCCCAGAUUUCCUCCAACUCUAAACUCUUCUCUGGAUCUCAAGUGUGCUUUUCAGCACCUCCAAAUUCUUUGGUUUCUUUUUUUGAUGCAUCGCUGCCUGGAACUUUGCCGGUUCUCAACAGGAGGUGUGUCGAAGCUGCGGUGAUGACAGGCCUGGCUCUGAACUGCCACAUAAACAAGAAGUCCUUGUUUGACAGGAAGCACUACUUCUAUGCAGACCUCCCUGCAGGCUACCAAAUUACCCAGCAGCGGCUCCCGAUUGCUGUGAAUGGGAGCCUGGUGUACAGCGUCUGGGGAGGGAAGAAGCGGAAUCAGAUGGUCUCCAGGACGGUGCGGAUCAAGCAGAUCCAGCUGGAGCAGGACAGCGGCAAGAGCCUUCACGAUGACCUGCGAGCCCAGACGCUCAUUGAUCUCAACAGGGCGGGAGUCGGCCUUCUGGAAGUGGUCCUGGAGCCCGACCUGUCCUGCGGGGAAGAGGCCGCCACCGUCGUCAGGGAGCUGCAGCUGAUUCUUCAAGCCCUGGGAACCAGCCAGGCAAACAUGUCAGAGGGUCAGUUGAGAGUGGAUGCCAACGUAUCCGUUCAUCACCCUGGGGAGCCCCUGGGCAUCCGAACCGAAGUGAAGAAUCUCAACAGCAUCAGGUUCUUGGCCAAAGCCAUAGACUUUGAAAUUCAGAGGCAAAUCAAUGAACUUGAGACUGGAGGUGAAAUUCUGAAUGAAACUCGUUCAUUUGAUUGCCAGCUGGGGUGCACCGUGCCAAUGAGAGACAAAGAAGGAAAACAAGACUACAGGUUUAUGCCAGAGCCCAACCUGCCUCCCCUGGUACUCUACGAUUCCACGUCUCUGCCUGCAGGUGCAGACUCUCAGCAAGUGAUCAAUAUUGACCAGAUUCGGGACACACUCCCUGAGCUCCCCAGUGUGACCCGAGAGCGGCUUGUCCAGCAGUAUGGGCUGCUGCCGGAGCACAGCUUCACGUUACUGAACGAAGUUGGCCUACUGGAAUUCUUCCAAAAUGUGAUAAAAGAAACUAGGGCAGAGCCAAAAAAGGUGGCUAACUGGGUCCUCAACACUUUCCUGGGCUAUUUAAAGCAACAGAACCUGGCUGUCAGUGAGAGUCCUGUCAGCCCCUCUGCACUCGCUGAGCUUCUCAACCUGCUGGACAGUAAAGCAAUUUCUUCAUCAGCAGCUAAACAGGUAUUCCAGGAGCUGUGGAGCGCGGAGGGGAAGACGGCGGCGCAGGUCGUUUCCGAACAGAAGCUUGAGCUGAUGCAGGAUCUAGAGGCCCUGGACCGGCUCUGCCUCUCCACCAUGGAGGGACAUCCUCAAGUGGUGAUGGAUGUGAAGAAGGGAAACUCGAGAGCUAUCAAUAAGCUGAUUGGGUUGGUCCGGAAAGCGACCCUUAGCCGAGCAGAUCCGGCUCUGAUAAAGGACAUACUGGAGAAGAGACUGCGGUCGUGAGAUGUUUUGGGGUCCCUCUGCCCACGGGAGCACAGCGUGGCCCUGACAGGACUCACAGGUGCUGACGUCUCAGUCCCGGGCCCAGGCCACACCUUGGAGACAUCGGCUUACACACCUGCGCCACACCUGUUGCUUCAUGGACCUCCGACAGCUCCAUGGGAGCUGCAGCAUCAGUGUGAAAACAGCACGUGCUACUGUGGGGUAACUAAUGGAAUAAAAGGUUUAACUGCGUCCAACACCAGGCCAUCUUUCCAGAACCUUCACUGUGCUGUUCCUUCACAGACAUCCUCGAGCACUUGCCGAGGGCCCAGAUUGCAGGUGCUGGGGAUUAACAGCAGCUGAGAGAGGCUGCAACUUGGAUGCAGUGUGUUUAGACCUAAAGACAGGUUAAUGAAGAUCAAGCAACAACGUGACCCGUGCAGUGGAAUGCAUUUGUUAGGGAGAGCGCGAGAGAGUGGGGAGGGAGGACAUUAGCCACCACAUGUCCUCUGAGCAAGUGGUAGUGCACGUCCAUCCCAGGGCAGAGAUCUGAGAAAGAAUUUUUUUAAGACGACAAAAAAAAAAAAAAAAAGAUAAUAGACAUUUUCAAAUAAAUUUUAAUGAAUAAAAUAUAUAUUGAAAUAUCAGAUAAAAAUUAACUUACACUUCAAAGAUUGUCUAGUCAACAAGCCCCCCAACCUGUGACCAAAAAAGAUAAAGGCUGUAACAUUGAUUUGUUUUGCAUGAAAAGAGUAAGAUUAUAAACUAUUAAAUCAAAACCCUGACCUUUAACAGUAGUUGAGGUGUAGCUGACAGUCGGGUGGUGAAGGCUGUGUGGCCUGUGCUCCCGAGACAGGAAGGCUACUUCUCUGUUGCACUGGAUGCCACUUUGUUCCUUACAUGCCUGGUACCUUGGAUUCGUGCUUCCUGAAAGUCCAGUUUUGCAAAUGCUGUUUUAAAAGUACUUAACUAUGACCUGAGCACAGGAAGGAAACCUAUGGAGGUCCUGACUUUCAAAUGAGUUCCCCGGUCUGCUAAGAACUGAAAAGUUACUGGGGGAAUGCCGUCCCGGGGCCACUGGGGAAGGGCAGAAAGGUGGGCUCCCAACCCCUGCGCAACGCCAGCUGAGCCACUGUGGUUCCUGGCCCACAGACAGGUGCUUGGGACUCUCAGCAGUGAACAGUGCCCUCUUGCCCAGCCAGGAAAGGCAGGGACAGAGGACACCAGUUGUGUGCUUUGAGACAAGCAAAAGGAGAUAACAUGUUAAAGAAAAAAAUGUUUUUAAUCAGUGGCUUAGAACAAGAGACUAUGUUCCUCGCCCAGGAAGCCAUCUACCCCACAUUUUGUUGCAAUACUGAACACUGCUGGGUCUGUCAUUCUCACUAACCCUCUACCAGAGAGAAAGGGAGAGCCCCUACUCACUCUGCAAGUCUCUGAAUUGCAGGUGGGCAUGGUUGCUCUGAGAUUUUCCUCUGGCAGUACCUUUAUUUUAUAAGAAUAGUAAAGCUCAUUUUACUUUAUAGACUCCAUUUUUACCAAAAGUUCUGACUUCUUGGUCAUCAAGCCUUACAGAAAGCACUGGAAGAUCUUUCCAGAUCGUUUCAAAUCAUGGGGGUGAUUUACAUAGGGGUGCUGUCAAGUCAAGACACCGAAACUAUUACAUCAAGUGAAAACUGCCCGUGGACUGAUUAUUCCCAGAGAAAAAUGCCACGUGACAAGGCUAAUUCCUGUCCACCUCCGACAACUGCCUGUCCUUCGGAAUGUCAACUUCUGAAAUCCUGAAAACCACACUUCGUUGACAUCAGUGAUACUGGGGGGUGGGGGCGGGGGGCAUGGCACAGCUGAGAUCGGAACCUAAGAUAUUGGAAAGAGAUGUUUACAUAACACCCUGAGGAACUCACCAAGUGCGGCUGCGCUCCUUCACGGCCUCAGUGAAAUACAAUUUUACAUUCUUGCGUGAGUGUGAAUUUAGACUGGUUCUGUUUGUACCAUUUAGGGGAAAUCUCAUUAAAAUGUAUGAGCUGGUGCCAUAGCUGAAGCCAUUGCCAUCUGUCACUGGAAUGCACACACCUGUAGGCGGGGUGUAUAAUGCUAAGGCUCUGAGGAGCCUCUGGGAGGAGAAUGUGCUGGAAAACUGGCUCUCGCCCAGAACAGCCUGAACCAGAUCCACCUGGUCAGACCCGAACCAUGUGUUCUGCUGUUUCCCGGUGCUGGCUGGUUGGUCCUGGUGGGAAGGGACAGUGUCAGCCGGCACUGGGCAGGAGACCCCCCCAGGAGACCCUGCACAGGGAGUGUUCAGUAAGAGUUCAUCUAAUUUGGAAAACAAAUUAAUGGACGGUCCUUAUAAGGCCCCUUUGAGAAAGAGGCUGCCAACUCCUAGGAUUUUCAGUUCUGGAUCUAGAAUGCAGCUUUUUGCCUCAGACAUCUAAAUAGACCUGUGUUCCUCUCAGGGUGUACAUGGAAAAAUUGAGAUCAUUACACCAAGGUAAGGACGUUUUAGCCGCGGUCCCUCUCCCAGCCACCUUUGUUUUUUUUAAAGUAGUUAUUGCUAAUCUGGAAGAAAGCCAGGAAAUUUCUGAAGGCGAACACCUUCAGUGGCCAGUUAACGCAGCGUAUGGCCAUCACCCACAAUACUGUACUUUUCAUUUCACCUGAAUUCAGCUCCAUCAUUUCAAGGACUCCACACACUGGCUACUGGGGAGGAAAAAAUGCUGUUUCUGGAAGGUAGCGUUCUCUCUCCAUUAGCCAAGGCAGGAGCGGGUCUGGGCUGCUGCAGGUUUUGCAGCUGCACUGUGGAUCGUCAGCAGAGCUGACCUGGACUGUGGCUUGGGAGGUAUCUGAAUGAAACUCUCUUGUUGCCUCCUUUAGUCAAAUGACUGGGCAAAAACGUAAGAACACCAUAUCCCUCCUUAAAAACAUCUGCAGGACAAGAGUCCCAGUUACAGGUGGGCCUUACUUGUCCCAGCAAAAUGUCAGCAGCACAGACUCCCACAGCCUCAGCUCCAUGGAAUUUAUAAUCUGGCCUAGGAGCUUCCAUCACCUGUCAGGUUCUGAAGUGAUAAUGUAACUCAACUCCCCAAAGAUGCCUGAAAUGCGUAUGGAACUCAUCUGAUGGAACCCUGGUUACUUGUGUGAGCGACAGUUCGGUUUACCCACAUCUUUUAAGGCAAGAACACAAUUCACAGUGACCCACAGGAUAGGAAAGGGCAGGCAUAUCUAAAAUCAUCAGUUGGGGGGUUCUGAGAGCAAAAGGCUAAAGAUUUGACGGCUUCCCCCAACCUUGUCCUGGUCCUUCUUUUCCCUGAAGAGCCUCUCUGAAAAUCCUUGCUGAAGCCCUGUUUAUCCAGUUAAUGAGCUGCCAGGAUAAUCUCUGCUCCAAAACAAGCAGUGACCUAAUAAAAUGCCUGAACGAAGAGAGGAUUUACUGAAGCAAAAUUAUCCCCAAAACCAUUCUCAGUCUUAUAAGAGCUUUUUCUAAAGCAUUAGGUUUAUGAUGGCCAUUCAAAAAGAAGAAUAAUUUUUUUAAAAGUCAACACCAUUCUCUUAAAACGUUUCCUCACUGACUUGGCUUCAGGGUGUAGUAUAAACCGGUGUGUCAUAUUGUUUUAAACUGAUGGGCAAUUUGCUUGUGUGAUUUACAGACUGAAGGCUGAGGCAAGAGACCAGGGUAGCUUCUCAGUGGCUCAAAGCUGGUGUGACCUCAGGCUCCAGAGGACCACUGCUUCAGCAAAAGCUAAGACGACAGAGCUGGCUGCGGUUCACAGCAACCCACACCUCACACUGGCCUGGGCCAGUGGCUUGAAGUAGCACGUGCAGUAACAGCUGUCCUGCAGUAAACUGGUACAAAUGGCAAGCGUGACAGCCGUUUCAGUAAACAGAGGGCUGGUAAGUAGCAAUUAAACUGAACAGCCCUGGAUGAGACCUGGAGCAUACACAGAGGUUAACAGCACGCUGGUGGCAGGUCCCACCCUCCUGGGGCAGUGCUUCCCCACCCAUCCAGAACGGGCAGCCCACACACAACCUUCAACUUCCAGAUCUGGAAACAACCUGCAGGACCACCGCAGCCAAGGGGCUCGGAGGGAGCAACAACUUCCAGCCCUGAGUACCACUGGCUGUCCAGAUAGAUAAGUGACCCAGAUAGCCACCUACCCUGUUUCUAGAUUCUCGUCACAAGAGGACGCUUUCCGGAUGUCUCAGUGGAUUGAAAAUAACUACAUCUGACUUAAAGAGAAGCCACCUGCUGAGGGCCUGUGAAAGUACAGCGUGUCAUCCCAACACGUGACAGACAUCAAUUCCAACCUCAGCCAGUUAAGGUGUCUUCCAAAACAGUGCUGAACAAAAUGGGUACAAUUUCACAAGGCCUCGAAAUACUGCGGGAAAGAAGUAUUUAGUGAUGGAGAAGAUCACGUCUAACCCCAGCUUCUCCAUUUCAUGGCUGGGAAACUAAUUUACCCCCAUGAAGCCAUGUUUUAGCCUAAACGUAAAUUGAAAUUUAUUUAAAAUUUUACAUUUACCUGGUCAUUUUCAAAAAUCAAUUUUAAAUAUCCCAGGAGUCUCACAUGUUUUGAACCAUAAAACUCCCUUGGUUGAGAACGCUAAAUCAGACCCUGAAUUAUGAAUUAAGGCUAAUGUGAUGUUCCAGGAAUCCCUGACUUGCCUUCCCUGCCCAGGCAUCGGGCUAGACACGGUGACGCCAGCCUGGGCUGCGGCUGUGCCCAUUGUUUCUUCAGCAAGUACAUCAGCAGCUGAUGGGGGGCUUGUCAUAGGACCCAUGCCCCUGGGCCACAUUUUAAAAUCUAAAAUUUUUUCCCCAAAAUCCAUUACCAAAAAAAGAAAAAAAAAAAGAAAAA